AUGGUUGAUCACACCGCCUCUUCUAUAGAAACUCGCGUCAAGAAGUUUCUUGAGCAAGUCAAUGAGGCUCAUGAUCCAGAGUUCAAGUUGCCCGCUAUCAUCCCCAAGCCUCCCAAUCUCACCCCUGCCGAAGCGACUCGUUUCGAUGAACUCUAUCUUCAGCGCAAUGGACUUAUUCAUGAGCGCACCAUACUCAAAGAGCAAAAGGCGGGUCUCAAUAAUGAGUUCAUCUUCAACUCUUGA